AUGUACCCCUCUCCUAAGGUUGAACAUCAUAGUGAGAAGGAUGACGAUUCCUCUAGAUCUGAGAAGGACAUGGCUGCUAAAGAUACUGAUAGGUCUGAUGAUCAAGAGGAUAACUUACUUCAUCACUUAAAGCCUAGUGUGGCUAAGCCUAUGAAGACUAGAAAAGGUAGAUUUGUGGAUGAAAUGUUGUCAGCUAAAAUAGCUAAGAACACUGCUGGUGUUGGUCCUCCCAAAUCUUGGAGCAAAGUUGAUUUGAAGAAGAGUAAGGUAAGAGAAGUUUUUGAGUCUAACGAAGAUGUUGAGGAAGAUGUCCCUGAAAUCUCCCCUGUGAAGAGGGCCACUGUGAGGAAGUCCCAUGUGAAAGUUGCUAUUGUGCACUUGGAUAAUAUCUCUUUCCAUCUUGAAGAUGGAGCUGCCAAAUGGAAGUUUAUGAUUCAAAGAAGGGUGGUUGUAGAGGAAGAGUUAGGAAAGGAUGUUGUUAAAGUCAAAGAGGUCAUGGACCUAAUAAAGAAUGUUGGGUUAAUGAAGAUUGUGGUUGGGUUAUCUCAGUGCUAUGAGGGAUUGGUUAAGGAAUUCAUUGUCAAAAUUCCUGAAGAUAUUGCUGAUAAGAACAACAAGGAAUUUUGCAAAGGUUUUGUGAGAGUUAUGUGUAUCACAUUUUCUCCCACUGUCAUUAACAAUUUUCUGGGAAAAAGUAUAGAGGGUGCAGGUGAAUUGGAAGCUACAGACAAUGAGGUCUGUAGAGAAAUUACAGCAAGGCGGGUGAAAGGGUGGCCUAUUAAAAAGCAUCUUCCUGCUGGGAAGCUGACUGUGAAGUAUGUUAUAUUGCAUAAAAUAAGAUCUGGAAAUUGGGUGCCUACCAACCAUAUUUCCACAAUUUCUAAUACCCUUAGAUGA